AUGGCCAUAAAGACUCGCACGGCGACGGCGACUCGCUCGACUACAGCUCGCCUUCCUACGAAACAGCCUGGGAUCACAGCCUUCACACGAGUAGGCAAAGCUGGGGCACAGGUAGCUUCCACAAAGGAUACUAUUUUUCGAAAACGGAAGCUCGAAGAGUCAACUCAGGGAGAUAGCGAACCGGUAUUGCAGAUAUGCCCUUUCGACGAAACGCCCACAAAGAGAAGCAAGACCGAGAAACAGACACGGAAGCACGAAAACCCUGCAAUAUUUCUGGCUGAAGACACUUCUGAGCCUUCAGUUGGGACACCGUCUACACCGCCCAACCACGGUGAACCCUCCUCCAAACAACCUAUUGAGUUCCUUGACCUUGUUGAUCUCAAUUCUGCCUUCCUCAGCGCUCUCUCGCUUCAUUUUGCCCACAAUGGGCCCACUGCCCCUGCAAAUCUUCGUGAAAUUCUCAGCAGCACUGAACGGAUUUGGAAUAAAAGAAAAGUAGCCGUUCAGGAUAUUCAGAGAGUGCUCUACAUCCAGGGACUUUGCCCGUCAUCAGUCUCCUCAAAUCCAGGAUUGACAUCUCAGAACGAAUUUAAACUUACCAGCUAUGGAACGAAUACAUUUUUGGAGAGGUCAGAACGCCCUGCUUCAAGUAAAUCAAGCAAUACAUUGCCCUUGAACGACUUGGCACUCAAGGCGGAAUUUUUGGCGAACCUGGAAUACUACUGGGAAGAAAACAUCAAAGAAGACAAUAAUAGGGCAUCGAGUCAAGAUAUACUUCGAAAUAUCCCACUUGCGACAAUUUACCCAUCAAAGGGGCCCGUCAAGCCUCUUGAUAAGGGAGGCCAAAGGACUAUCGACCAGCUGUUCGGGGCUCUCAAAUCAAAGCCAAUGUUGACCCGUGAGCCCUAUACAAAGAAGCCUGGCCCAAUGAAGGAUUCAGUCACAACCAGUAAUCGCCGAAACGGUCUUUUGGAGCGUAUGAAGAUGAAAGCACUACACCAAUCAAAGCUUUCUCCCCCGCCUUCGAAGGAAAUUGUUCUCAAGCAGACCGCCGUGGGCCGAAUAUCAGAAGUUAUUAACGUCCUUCUUUUGCUGUCACCACUGGGCUCCAAGAUCGAUGACACAAUGGGCACAUCUCCCUCACGAAAGUCGUAUACCAUGGACCUAAUCAUCCAGCGGAUCGAGGAUUCAAUGAGAACCCCCGCAUCUAAGCAAGAGAUCGAGGCGUGCAUAGACAUCCUCAGCCAGUCCACCGUGGCAAAGGACUGGGUUACGAUAGUCAAGACGAACCAGGUGAAGUCAGUCGUCCUAAGGUCAGACCGACGUCCGUCUCCGGCUAAAAUAAUCCACGAAUCCAUGAACCUAAAGUUUUAG